CCUCCUCACCCUCCUAUCUCCUUCUUACCCAACAUCAUUCACCAUGGCUGACGAGCAUGAGAUGACCUUCGAGUCCACCGACGCUGGUGCGUCGACCACCUACCCCAUGCAGUGCUCUGCCCUGCGCAAGAACGGUCACGUCGUGAUCAAGGGCCGCCCCUGCAAGAUCGUCGACAUGUCUACCUCCAAGACUGGCAAGCACGGUCACGCCAAGGUCCACCUGGUCGCCAUCGAUAUCUUCACCGGCAAGAAGCUGGAGGAUCUGUCUCCCUCCACCCACAACAUGGAUGUCCCCAACGUUGCCCGCAAGGAGUACCAGCUUCUGGACAUCACCGAUGAUGACUUCCUGUCCCUGAUGAAGGAUGACGGUGACACCAAGGACGAUGUCAAGCUCCCCGAGGGUGAGCUUGGUACCCGUAUCCUCAAGAUGUUCCGUGAGGAGGAGAAGGACGUCAACGUCAUCAUCCAGACCGCCAUGGGUGAGGAGGCCGCCAUUGAGGCCAAGGAGGCUCCCAAAUAAACGCCCGGUCCUUGGAUCUCUCACAUGUUAUGUCAACCGUUAUGUUUCAAAAAUGGGCUUCAACCCCCCAAAAAAUUCAUCUUCAAUGGUUCAAUGGAGGACAUGAU